AGGACUGGCGACAUGGCGGCGUUGAGGUGGGGGCGGGGGCUCCUGGCGGCUGCGGGUCGACGAUGUCGGAGCUGGUGGGGGGUCCCGCCGCCGGGCCCCCGGGACGAGCUGGGGGCCGGGCCUGCACCGCCGCCUCCUCCUCUUCCUCCUCCUCCGGCCCAGACGGGGCCCCGGGCCCGGCGGGGCUGCGGCCUGCUGCCCCUGGCCGCCUUCACCUGGUUCUCCAAACCGGCCGCCCAGCAGGAGGAGGAGGAGGAGGAGGAAGAAGCGAGCGAGCGCCCGGACGCGGAGGCUGACAUCAUUUUGAUGCUGAAGCGGGCCAAGUUGCAUAUCAUGAAAGAUGAGCCAGAAGAGGCUGAGCGGAUCUUGCAUGAGGCCCUUCAUCUUGCUCACCAGUCGGGUAACACGCAGGCCAUCAUCUACACCUAUGACUUGAUGGCUAAUUUAGCAUUCCUGAGGGGUCAGCUUGCCAAUGCCGAAAAGCUUUUUAAAGCAGCAAUGAGUUAUCUGCUGGCAGGAGGCAUGAAGCAGGAGGACAAUGCAAUAAUUGAAAUAUCUAUUAAGUUGGCCAGCAUCUAUGCUGCUCAGAACCAACAUGAAUUUGCUCUCAGCGGAUAUGAGUUCUGCAUUUCAACUCUAGAGAAAAAAAUUGAGAGAGGGAGGGAAUUAACCGAAGACGACAUACCAGAGGAAGAGAAAGUCAAUACCCACCUCCUGCUGGGCAUGUGCUUAGACUCCUAUGCUCGCUACCUCCUUACCCGCAAGCAGCUGCCCUUGGCCCAAAAGAUGUAUGAAAAAGCUCUGCAGAUUUCCAAGGAUGUACAGGGAGAAAGGCACCCACAGACGGUAGUGAUGAUGAACGACCUGGCAACUACCCUUGAUGCGCAAGGCCAUUAUGAUGAUGCAUAUAAUUAUGUGAAGAGGGCCUCUGAUCUGGCGAAGGAGACGGAGCACCCGGAGGUGCACAUGGUGCUCAGUAACCUCGCUGGAAUCCUGAUGCAUAAAGAGAAAUUUGCACAAGCAAAACGGACCUACCAGGAAGCCCUGAAACAAGCAGAGCUGAAAGGAGAUCUGACUUCUAUCCAGCACAUCAAAGAGGAGCUAGCUGAACUGUCCAGAAGGAGUAAAGGCUCUUGACUCCUAAUUUCAUCAGGGUAAAUCGUCCUAGGGAAGAACAACUUCUAUUGCUAGAGGGGAAGUGGAAGUGACAAAUGACAGAAGUCAUUUAGUCGCAACAUGGAACUAAAUAAGCCAUUUAGGGUAAUAUUUCCCCUAUGAAACAAGUGCAACCUAAAGAAGAAAAGAGAACCAAAUGUUUUAUUACAGAUUUACAAAAUAAAGCUCCUUCCAAAGGCUUACCUGUUGUGAGAAGCCUCUGAAAAUUGACCUCAGCCAAAAUGCUAACUGGCUUUUCAGUUCUGGAGUGUAGAAGGGUUUCUGGCAUUUGGGAAGUGAACAUCUGAGCCCAUCACAUAGAUACUGUCACACCUUUUAGUAUACUUAUGUUUAAUUUUCAAAAGCUUUUAAGAAAUGCACCUAUUCCAGAUAAUGAAUAUCAGUUCCCUGUCUCCGUUCUUUAAACUAGGUCCCUGCCUACUUUUCCUACUGAAAAGAUACAGAAAUGUCGAUUUGAUUCAGCAAGUUUGUGCUUUCAUAACCUAUCUUAGAGUAAUUGAGCUGAAUUCUGCCUCUUGUCAGAGCUGGUAAAUAUUUACUUAAUCCACAGUACUACUUCUUCCUCUCACACUAAAUGCUAAUCUCUUUAGUUGCAUUUUGAUUCAUUUGGUGGUAGUCUUUCCAAACAGAGCACUGCAUGGACCAGAGAAAUGGUGAAAUGGGGCCCCACAAAUUUAUCAGGUGCUACAGCCAUGCAUGUGCAGAUACCCAGUGGGUUAAUGGGAAUUCCUGCCCCAGCACCCCAAACAAUCAUCUGUAGCACCACUCCAGAGGAUGUAGACUUGGUUCUUUCAGUCCAGAAAUAAGGGGUCAAUGUGUGAAGAAUUCAUACCCCACAUGAUUCAGCUCAAGACUCACCGGCUGAGCUCCAUGCAUUUAAGGCUGUAAUAGCUGGAGCUCCAGUGGAAAACACCUCAGGGUUUAGAAAAAGUGUGUGUGUGUGUGGAGUCUCAAAGACGACACUCCUUUUGUAGGAUCCUAGAGGCUGAAAUCAAACAGUAGGAAAUUUCACCACCACUGGGAUUUAAUUUACUGCUCUUGUAAUAAAUAAGAUGAUUAUUGGCUAUAUAGAAUCUAAAAUAAGGUUUGGAUUUAAUUUGUUGAGAUGGCAUGGCUGGCAGGUGGAUGUUAAACUAUAUUUGUCUCAAAUGCUCUAAUAUUAUGGCAAUUACCAAAUUGUAGUAUAUUUUGUAGUCUCCAUGCAGCAAUCCAGUCAUGUGAAUAUAAUAUAGACAAAACUGUAUUGGUUAAAAUAAAAAUAAACCUGGUAAAUGUGA